AUGGCUGCUCAGCCGUCCGCGUCCUCGUCAACGGCCCCGGCUACGGGCCCGGCAUCUGCAGCAGGUUCUGAGAAAGAUGCACACUCUUCAACCCCCUCAAGCGAUAUACCCGUGCGCUCAAAGGAGUCAUUCGAUAAGCUGAUGGUGGAGCGCUUCAUCACCCGUGAUGCCAUCGCCGCCGCGGCGCUCGGUGGUCAACUCGACCAGACCCGAAAAAUAAUGAGCGACACGCGCGACAAGAUCCAGGAAUAUCGCCAGGUUCGCACAGACUACCGCCAAUGGUUCCCACCAUCGAAACUCUAUGGCGAGGGCUACAAUGGCUUCGGCAACGGAUACACAGAGAAUCAGGGACCGUCGCGCAUUAUCUAUCCCUCUCAGAAAUCCCGACCUGGGCAACGAACGACACCCCCUUUCAAGUACAAGCGCAAGGACAUGCUUAAACAGGCCGAGCAGCAUGAAGAGCUGGUGCCUUUGCGUUUGGAAGUUGAAUGGGACAAGAUUAAGCUGCGCGACACAUUUACGUGGAACCUACACGAGAGACUCCUCCACGUCGAGUUGUUCGCAGCACAGCUCGUAGAAGAUAUGGGAUUGAAGCCCCCUGUGUCACAACCGGUCUAUGAGCAGGUAGUUCACCAAAUGCGCGAGCAGCUUAAUGAUUUCUACCCCCUGGUAUACUCCGAGGACGAUGCGCUCGACCCAGAACUCCCAUACUCAGCCUACAAAAACGACGAGAUGCGAGUCCUCAUCAAGUUGAACAUCACAAUUGGUCAGCAUACCCUCGUUGAUCAAUUCGAAUGGGAGAUCAACAACCCCUCAAACUCACCAGAGGACUUUGCAGCCAACAUGGCCCGGGACCUUUCUCUAUCGGGAGAGUUUACAACCGCCAUUGCACACUGCAUCCGAGAGCAGACCCAACUCUUCACCCGAAGUUUGUACAGUGUGGGCCAUCCCUUUGACGGACGCCCGAUUGAGGACCCCGAUCUUGUUGGCGCAUUCCUCCAAACGCCCCUCCCCAAUGUCUUCCGACCUCAACAGCAGGCCAAGGACUAUGCACCAUAUCUUUACGAGCUUAGCGAGGCCGAUCUGGAAAGGAACGAGACGAUAUUCUCCCGAGAGCAGAGACGCCAAAAGCGUUCAAUCAAUCGACGAGGAGGUCCACAGUUGCCCGAUCUCAGAGAAAGGCAAAGAACCAUCCGAACGCUCGUUGUCUCGUCUGUGUUGCCUGGCGCUGCAGCCACAAUCGACGAGAGUCGAUUGUACAAGAGAGCUGCCGGUCCCAGAACGAAGCGCCCUAUUCGGGAUGGAGAUCUUUCGGAAUCUGACGACAGCGAAGACUCGGGUCCUGAUUCACCUGCCCCCUCACAAAUCACUGGCGGCACUGCUCGAACACGUGGCAUGCGUGGUGCUGCAUCGGCUGCCCAGCAGAGAAUGGCCAACCUCGGCCGAUCUGAAACCCCUGAGGCCAGCGCAAUCGCACAUCACCACGAGACCCGAACUUCGCGCCGGUUCAGAGAAGAAACAGAAGAGCCGUCACAGUUGAUUGUGACGCUCAAGCUUAGCCAGGAUAAGCUGAGACGGCUGAUGAACCGCGACUAUUCAGACCUAACAGCACCCUCCCACGCAUCUGUAGCCUUCCCGCGAGCCCCCAGCGCUUCUACUCCCUCGAGAUCAAUGCCCCCACCGCCUUCAACACCAUCUAGCGCCCCCCCUCAUGCGUCGAUGACACCCUCUUCAUCGCUUCCUCCAGGUCAGAUAGGUCGACUACCGGCUCCUCCAACAAUACCUGGACAGUCUGCUUCUAUCCCACAACCCCCUCCCCCUGAGUGGCUUGUCAAUGCCCUCAAGGAAUUAGAGAAGACAUACAACCGUGGUGAUAGGUUUGAAGCCAUGAUGAAGUACUCGUAUCUUGACCCUGUAACGGAGCUGCCAAUUCAAGGCCAACCGCUGCCCGAAGGUGUCAAAUAUGCCUGGCUGCCGCGCAUUCGUUGUCUGGACUGCACAAACAAGCUUUACACACCCGGCCCUGAUAUGACGGUCCGGAAAUUUGAGGCUCAUCUCGAAUUCUCGGGCCACAAGAACGCGGUCGCUAAGCGUGUGGCAAGGGAGGCCAACCCCUGA